ACACUUCCGUAUCAGCAGUCAAUCACCAUAUCGAACGAACCUCUGGAUGAAGACGAUGAAAUUAUUGGUCAUCGUGGUUUCGAAUACCCCUCAGGACCACCGCCGGCCUAUUCGAGUGGUGAGCACACACCCGAGGAGAACCCGCUGAUUGGCGAGGAUGACGAGGACGUUGGCGCUCAGAUUCAACCGCGAUUUCAUGGUACCGAAAAUAUGUUUCUACUUUUAUUAGUGAGGACCUUCCUCGUUUUGAGAACAGUACGCUUGGUAUGA